AUGUCGGGGCCAGCGCUUGAUGAUAUCGUCAAGAGGUUGACAACUCAAGAAACGGAGCCCAGAUCUAAGCUUGAUGCAGCUAUUUCCCUACGAGAUAGCCUCGAACAUUACACAAAUGGUCCGCACUAUGUCGUCUUUCUUAAGCGGUUGAUGCCAUUGUUCGUCCUCAUUCUUCGAGGGCCAUGUCUAUUCCAGAGUACCUCUCCAGAGCAAAAGCUCAGAAAUUGCGUUCUCGAAAUCCUCCACCGUCUACCUACUCAUCAGACGCAAAUUUCCCCGGAGCCUCUUGAGCCAUAUGCCGAAGAGAUCGUCGACAUUUUGAUGAGCCUAGUUCGGAACGAUAACGAAGAUAAUGCCACACUAUGCGUCAAGAUUAUAUCAGACAUCAUGAGGCACCAGCCAAAGGUCCUCCAUGGGAAGGUCCAGCCAUUCUUGGAUUUGAUCCAAGAGCUGUUUGAGCAGAUGGAGAAAGUCGUGCGAGAACAGCUCGAUAACACCGCCAUUCCAUUCAACGCAUCUGGACCUCCAUCUACCCCUGGUAGCACGCAGACCAACUUCCAAUCUCCACGGCCUGGAUCCCCAGUCGCCUCUGUCACGGACUUGGGCCAAGAUCUUCAACAGCAAAGUCGUCCCUUGUUGAAAGGAAUGCAGUCGUUUAAGGUUUUGUCGGAGUGCCCAAUCAUUGUUGUGUCUGUCUUCCAGACACAUAGGAGCAUCAUCCAGCAGAAUGUCAAGGCAUUUGUUCCCUUGAUCAAGUCGGUGCUAUGUCUCCAAGCCAAGGCCCAGGAGCAAGCUCAUGCUGAAGCUAAAUCAAGAAAUACUGUGUUCGCCGGAGUGAGCCCGCACAUCAAGAAUCGAGCGGCCUUCGGCGAAUUCAUUACGGCUCAAGUGAAGACCAUGAGUUUUCUAGCAUAUCUGCUUCGGCAAUAUUCCAGCCAGCUUACUGACUUUCUGCCAACGCUGCCCGAGAUUGUUGUUCGCCUACUUAGAGACUGCCCGAGAGAGAAGUCAGCGGCUCGUAAAGAGUUGUUAGUUGCAAUUCGUCACAUCAUAAACUUCAACUUCCGGAAGAUCUUCCUCCCCAAGAUUGAUGAGCUUUUAGAAGAAAAGACACUGAUCGGGGAUGGGCUUACGGUCUACGACACCCUCAGACCGUUGGCGUACAGUAUGCUCGCCGAUCUCAUACAUCACGUUCGCGACUCUCUUAACCCGGAACAAAUUCGCAAGACUGUCGAGGUAUAUACCAAGAACUUGCAGGAUAAUUUUCCGGGAACGAGUUUCCAGACGAUGAGUGCGAAAUUGUUGUUAAACAUGGCCGAAUGUAUAGCAAAGAUGCCUAACAAGAUUGAUGCACGACAUUAUCUGCUUAUGAUUCUCAACGCCAUUGGUGACAAGUUCGCUGCGAUGAACAGACAAUACCCUAAUGCCGUAAAGCUCUCUAAGCUCUACGCGCAGCAAGCUGCCGAUCAGAUUCCUGAUACAUACUUGGCAGAUAAGGAGCAUCAUCCACAAUGGGACGAAACGGACAUCUUCACAGCUAUGCCGAUAAAAACAUCCAACCCUCGUGAUCGUGGUACGGAUCCGGUUGCAGAUAACAAAUUCCUGUUCAAAAAUCUGAUGAACGGCCUUAAGAACACUUUCUAUCAGCUGAGAACGUGCAAUGCACCUCUUCAGGUUGAUCCUAAGAACGCGCCCUCGCAUUGGCAAGAAGUUUCGUACGGAUUUUCCGCCGAGGAAGUUAAUGUGAUAAUAAAGCUCUUCCGAGAAGGCGCCUACGUUUUUCGGUACUACGAGAUUGAGAAGCCAGCGGCGGAAUCGCAGUACGCAUCACCAGUGGAAUAUAUGGCCAACUUUUAUAUGGUGUCGAGUAGCAAGGAAGAGAAAGAUCUCCUUGAAACUUUUGCUACAGUCUUCCAUUGUAUUGACCCAGCCACAUUCCAUGAAGUCUUUCAGCAGGAGAUCCCUCGCCUCUACGAAAUGAUCUUCGAACAUACUGCCCUCUUACAUAUCCCUCAGUUCUUCUUAGCCAGUGAGGCUACAUCGCCAAGCUUCUGUGGCAUGCUCCUGAAAUUUCUAAUGGAGCGAAUCGACGACGUGGGGUCGGCUGAUGUGAAAAAAUCAUCAAUCCUUCUACGUCUUUUCAAGCUUGCAUUCAUGGCAGUGACCCUAUUUGCGAACCAAAAUGAGCAAGUCUUGCUUCCGCACGUUGUGGAUAUAGUCACGAAGUCGAUCGAUUUAUCUACUAAGGCCGAGGAGCCCAUGAACUACUUCUUACUUCUGCGUUCGUUGUUUAGAAGCAUUGGCGGCGGAAAAUUCGAACAUCUCUACAAGCAAAUUUUGCCGCUGCUAGAAAUGCUGCUCGACGUGCUGAACAACCUGCUUAUGGCUGCUCGUAAGCCAGCAGAGCGGGAUCUAUACGUCGAAUUGUGCCUCACGGUACCAGCACGCCUUAGUAAUCUACUUCCGCAUCUUAGUUUCUUGAUGCGCCCUUUGGUUGUCGCGCUGAGAGCCGGUACGGAUCUCGUUGGUCAAGGGCUGCGGACCCUGGAACUCUGCGUUGAUAACCUCACGGCCGAUUACUUGGAUCCCAUUAUGGCGCCAGUAAUUGAGGACCUAAUGAAUGCGCUUUUCGAACAUUUGAAGCCACACCCGUACAGUCAUUUCCAUGCCCAUACUACUAUGCGCAUACUAGGGAAGUUAGGGGGUCGAAAUCGCAAGUUCAUGACCGAAGCUUUACCAGUAAAUUAUCAGAAGUACGCUGAUGAUCCCUCGAGCUUUGAUAUACGGUUGAUAGGAUCAAAACGUGAUCGUGCAUUUCCAGCCGAACUUGGUAUCGACUUGGCCAUUCGUAAAUUAAUGGAGAUUCCGAAGCCAUCGAAAGCGAACCCAUCCAGACAAUUCGACGCUUAUUACAAGAAGCAGGCACUGCAGCUGAUAAAGUCCCAGUUGAAACUACGGGUUGGUGUUGACCAUUUACCAGAAGACUUACCUCGAUUGGUUCGUCUACAGGCGCAGGACCUUCUUGCUCGAAAACCAGCUGCGGAUUUCGCAUUCUUCAACACGUCAGAUCGUGAACGAUCUGUUGCCAAAAAGGACGAGCAGGACGACGUCACGAAACGUCUUAUCAAGGCUAUCAUGUACGCGGAAUCCCUUCCUGAAUUCCGCGAAGAGGCCGAUGUAUUCCUCAUGAACCUUUGUCGGCAUUUCACGAUCAUCGAAAUAGGGCGCGGGCUAGUAGAUAUCAAGAAAGAAAUGAGCCAUUUCGAUGUUCAAGCAGGAGAGGGACCCUUGUAUAUUGAUACGCGUGUCCUGGCUGAUGCAAUUGUCGAAUCACUCGCAUCAGAUCUGCCGGACGUACGCGAUGCCGCUUUCCGGGCAAUCCGAGCAGUCUACGACUCUACCGCAACUAUCUUGGGUUCUGAAACUUAUGUUGGCCGAUUGGGAUUCUUCAGUCAUCUAAGUAAAACUUUCUGUCACGCCUGCAAUGAAGAAGAAUGGUACACAAAGACGGGUGGUAGUCUUGGUAUUAGAUAUCUUCUCGUUGAAGUCGAUCUUGGCGACGCUUGGAUCGCCUUGAAGCAGAUGGACUUCAUCCGAGCUCUGAUGUAUGUGAUUAAGGAUAUGCCGCAAGACUUGCCGGAGAAAACCAGGAGUUCCGCCCAAACCACACUCGAAUCUCUCUUGAGAAGGAUAACCGUGAACGUUAAGAAGGAAGACGCAUUGCCCAUCCCUCCAGUACCAGGCCAGCCUCACCCCAAACCUUCUCGGUUGACGCAGAUCUGUGUCCUCUUCAAUGACGAACUUUCUCACAUGAAUAAGCAUGUUCGUGGAACAGCGAGGCGGUCGCUUGAAAUCAUUGCCGACGCAACAAAAUCGGAAAUCUGGGAGCUUUUGCAACCUCAUAAGGACCGGUUGCUCCAGCCCAUUUAUGCCAAACCUCUGCGAGCGUUACCCUUUUCAACUCAGAUAGGGUACAUCGAUGCGAUUGCCUACUACAUGGGUCUAAAGCCUGACUUUGUCGGCUUCGACGAUCAUCUAAACCGGCUACUUAUGGAGUCGCUAGCUUUAGCUGAUGCUACAGACGAAUCUUUGGCUGGCAAACACGCCGAGUUUCGAACACAUGAAUCGAUUGUGAACCUUCGGGUUUCUUGCAUUAAAAUCUUGAGCAAGGCAAUGGGAUUCGAUGAUUUCCAGAAGGGACAGAACAACCCGACGCGAACUAAAAUCGUGUCUGUAUUCUUCAAGUGCUUAUACUCGGAAUCCAAGCCUACCAUUGAGGCAGCGAAUGACUCACUUAGAGCGGUGCUUUCCCAGACCAAUAAAUUGCCCAAAGAUCUACUUCAGCAAGGACUUAGGCCUGUCUUAGCCAAUCUCCAAGAUCCUAAGCGACUAAGCACUCACGGACUAGAUAACUUAGCGAGGCUUCUUCGUCUCCUUACUACUUACUUCAAAGUAGAAAUUGGUGCCAGACUGUUAGACCACAUCAAGGUGCUCGCCGAUCCGAACCUUCUUCAGCAAAUCUCGUUUACGUUCUUCGAACAAAAUAGCCAAAUGAAGGUUGUCGCGGCGGUGUUUAACAUCUUUCAUCUUCUUCCGCCAGCUGCAGAACAGUUCAAGGAGCGGCUUAUCGACACUUGUUUGGAACUUGAGGAUAAGCUGCGCCGUACUCACCACAGCCCAUUCCGACCCCCGUUGUACAAAUACCUGAAUAGAUACCCGUCUGAAGUCUGGAAUUUCUUGCUGAGUAAACUAGAAGAUAUAAAAUACGGUCGAUUCUUGGCUCAGGUUUUGCUCCACCCGGAAAGCAAGCCUCUAAGAGAUCACGCUGCUGCUAAUAUCGACGGAUUGAUAUCCUUCUGCACGCAAAUCGUCAACGCUACAAAAGAUACGAGAUUCGUAGCAAUCGUCAACACGAUAAACGUCCUCGAUUCGCUAAGUCGGAAUCCCGGCACUCGGAGUUGGUUGGAACGGAAAGAUACUGUCUCUUGGUUAAGACGAAUCGGUAAAGAUUUGGAGCGCCACUUACGAACGAACAGCCUCCCGCCUAAUUUGCGUCUGCCUGCUGACCAAGCUUCUGAGCAACUCAUGGGCAUCUUCACAGAGGCGCUAUCCUCGAAUCCUAGGGACAUGGAUGCCCUCUUUAGCCUGGUGGAGUCGGUUACGUCCGAAGAGUUGCGUCUCACGCCGUCGUUAUUUAGCUUCCUCUACAAACACGUUAUCUGCAACGAGUCUAUCGAUUACUGGAAAGCUGUCGUACUUCGUUGCCUCGACAUUUACGCUGGAAAGAGUUCCACCCAGAAGACCAAGUGCUUCCUGCUUCGCAAUGUCGUCAACCCGAUCAUUGCUAUGGAUGUUAUGCGACAUUGGAACCAACCACGAACCCAGAGGCUAGUGGAUCGAGCAGUCAUUGAAUCCAUCAAUGUCAAGAUAUGGAAGGUUAAUCUUGGCGAGCCCCAAGAUGACCUGGCACAGCCAGGAAUCGAUCAUACGAGAAUGGAAGUUCUCCAGCUCUCUGCCAUGCUAGUCAAAUAUCACUAUUCCAUUCUACAGGAUGCUAGGAAAGACAUUAUCAAGUUUGGUUGGACCUAUAUCCGGUUGGACGAUGUGAUCAAUAAACAUGCCGCGUAUGUCGUGAUCGGAUACUUCAUCGCUCACUACGAGACGCCUUCGAAAAUCAAUGAAGGACGCGCUCUAGUCACCCAGGCUCUGGAGUUGAUCGCACCUGUCCUGCCCCAACGUUGUACGCCGUUAGCAAGUGAUCGUGGUGCGGUCUGGGCUAUGGCACCUCGCCGCAUAUUGGCCGAAGAAGGGCAGAACGUUCAGCAGAUGACGAGCAUCUUCCACUUUUUAGUCAGACAUCCUGAUCUCUUUUACGAUUCCAGGGAUAAGUUUGCCCUAUUGAUCAUCACAUCACUUCGAAAGGUCUCUCCUUUCCUAUCAUCAUCGACGGAAAGCAAGAAACUCGCGUUGAACAUGAUGUGGCUGAUCUGGCAGUGGGAGGAGAGAAGAGUCGACGGUAAACUUAACGAAGCUAGAAGGGACUUAUCUGAAUCUCCGAAUUCCCGAAAACGAAGACUCGACGGUGAAUUAGUCACCUCCUCCCCGCCAGCAUCUCGACAAUCUGCUCAACUUGAUAAGGCCGAAUUCCGGAUUCCUGCUGGAUUUAGACAAAAGAUGAUCAAGUAUCUCAUCGAGUUUAUCGCACAGCUGAAUGAGAGAUACCCACUGCCUUCAGCAAAACCGAGAGAUGCAACAUUGACAUCCGGGCCUGCUCUUCCACCUCAGUCUACAGAGAUGUGCAAGAAGGCAAUGUCUCUCCUUUAUAACCUCCUACAACCGCGGUACUGGGCCGACUUGGACGUUGACUUAUUCCCAAAUAUCACUGAAGUAGUCUUAGCUAGUGACAGAACCGCAAGACUGCUCAACGCUGAUCCCACUGAUGAUAAUUACGACGAGAAAUUUAUAACUAACAUCAUCAACACCUUACAAGUGGUGAGAAUCAUCCUCAACUUUAAGUCCGAUGAGUGGAUCUUAAAGAAUAUGCCUUCGGUCCAAAAGGUUAUAGAAAAAUGUCUAAAGUCGGAAAACUCGGAGCUACAGGAUUGCCUCCAUUUAGCAGAUAAGAAGUACGACGAUGGACGUGACGUCAAGUCGAUAAUUCAACGGAUCCUCGAUGCCGUGCCGGAAGAUGUGCCGAUGGAAGACGCAGACGCUGAAGGGGAACCCGAGGCUCCUACAUCAGAGAUUAUCACUUUCUUGUCUACAGUAGCGACGGAGUCCCUAGCAGCUUCGAAUUACGUGUCUGGAGUUAAUAUUCUGUGGUCUUUAGGUCAAAGGAAACCCUCGGUCAUUGACCAGCAUAUCAUGUCCUUAAUGAAAGCGCUGCAGACCAAACUUGCCAGGGAGCACGUCCAACACUACACGAGUGUGGCCGCGCACCAGCAAAUGAGCAUGAACAACAUACGGCCUCAAGAUCCGAAUGCCCAAACCGGAGAAAUGUCACAAUAUGAGCUUAACAUUCAGACCGAUCUCAUGAUCAAAGCCAUACAGGUGACUGCGAUGCGCAUGGAAAUCCUUGGAGACCACCGGCGACCGUUCUUAAGCGUAUUAGCAACUCUAGUGGAGAAAUCACAACACAUCCCUCUCUGCGAGAAGAUACUUGACAUGGUAGAGGGCUGGGUCUUCCGAUCUGAGGGAACAUGGCCUACUCUAAAGGAGAAAACGGCUGUACUCCACAAGAUGCUCUCCUUCGAGCAUCGAAGCGACCCAACCAUGUUAGGAAAAUUCCUCGAGUUGGUCAUACGUAUCUAUGAGGAUCCGAAGAUAACGCGAACGGAACUCACUGUACGCAUGGAGCAUGCCUUCUUGAUUGGAACACGAGCACAGGAUGUCGAAAUGCGCAAUCGGUUUUUAACCAUCUUUGACAAGAGCUUGUCUAAAACGGCAACCGCUCGGUUAUCAUAUGUCAUUAGCUCGCAAAAUUGGGACACGCUCGCUGACUCAUUCUGGUUGGCCCAGGCCACGCAGCUCCUCCUGGGCGCCGUAGAGAUGAAUUCUAGCAUUCAACUACACCAAGAAGACUUCCGAACACUCCCAGCAUCGACUGUUUUUGGUACAUACUCCAAGGACACCAGAGAGCCGUCCGCAAUGGCUGAUGAUAAGUACGACACAUUCAUGGCGAAUCACCGACGUUUUGUUGCCGAGUUAGGGGAUGUUAAGGUUCGGGACAUCAUCGAACCUCUCACUCAACUUCAACAUAUUGAUCCCAACUUAUCACAUGAUCUCUGGGUAACUCUCUUUCCCAUGUUUUGGUCUGCUUGCGCCAAGGAGGAAAAGACAGAUCUUGAGAAAGCCUUAGUAGUAUUGCUUUCUAAAGAUUUCCAUUCUCGUCAGAUCGACAAGAGACCCAAUGUGGUGCAAACCCUAUUAGCGGGCGCAGCCAAGGCAUGGCCCGCAUGCAGGAUUCCGCCACACAUACUCAAGUUCGGUGCGAAGACGUAUGAUGCUUGGUAUACCGCUCUAGUUCAGCUCGAAAACGCAACUAUCAAGCCGGAUGACGACUCACCUAAAGUACGAGAGAGCAACCUUGACGCAUUAGUUGAGCUGUAUUCAAGUCUGAAAGAGGAUGAUCUCUUCUACGGUACCUGGCGCCGCCGAUGCCAGUUCGUCGAGACAAACGCAGCCCUGUCAUACGAACAGAAUGGUAUGUGGGACAAGGCUCAGAGGAUGUACGAAGCUGCCCAGAUCAAGGCCCGAACGGGCGUUAUUCCUUUCUCCCAGGGUGAGUACAUGCUCUGGGAGGAUCAUUGGGUCCUUUGCGCGCAGAAGCUGCAGCAGUGGGAAGUGCUUCAAGACUUUGCGAAGCACGAAAACCUCCAAGACCUUCUACUCGAAUGCGCUUGGCGAAGUAUUGACAUGUGGCAAACUCAAGAACAACGAGAUAGUCUCGAUAUGCUUGUUAAAGGGGUCAUGGAUGCACCGACCGCUCGGCGAGCCUUCUUCCAGAGUUUCAUGUCUCUGUUGAAACUUCAUAAUAAGCAGGAAUCUACGCAGGACUUUGCUCGCGUCUGCGACGAGGCUAUACAGCUUUCCAUUCGGAAAUGGCAUCAGCUUCCAAAACGCUUGACUGCUGCACAUAUCCCUCUACUUCAUAAUUUCCAACAACUCGUUGAACUCCACGAUGCUAGUGUCAUCUGCCAGAGUUUGGCGAACACUAACCAGUCAAAUUUGGAUGUGAAGUCUGGUGAGCUUAAGCUGCUCCUUGGAUCAUGGAGGGACCGGUUGCCAAAUAUAUGGGACGAUAUAACCGAUUGGCAGGACCUUGUCACCUGGAGGCAGCAUAUUUUCGGUUUGAUUAAUAGUACAUACUUGCAGCUUCUGCCCCAGCAAGGUCAAGGCGCAAAUGGUGCUUCCUAUGCAUACCGCGGUUACCACGAAACAGCAUGGAUCAUCAACCGUUUUGCGCAUGUCGCCCGCAAACACAACCUGCCUGAUGUGUGCAUAAACCAACUUAGCCGAAUCUAUACUCUUCCUAACAUAGAGAUACAAGAGGCUUUCUUGAAACUGAGAGAGCAAGCUCGAUGCCACUACGAAAACCCUGCCGAACUUACCAGCGGGUUAGACGUUAUCAACAACACAAAUCUAAACUAUUUCAAUGCCCAACAGAAAGCUGAAUUCUUUACUCUGAAGGGGAUGUUCCUGGAAAAGCUUAGUCAAAAGGAAGAAGCGGACGCGGCUUAUGGCACUGCGUUAUACUACGACAUCGGUAAGGCCAAAGCAUGGGCGGAAUGGGGCUAUUUCAACGACCGCAAGUUUAAGGAGGACCCAACAGAUUUGAAUUCUGCUAGGCAAGCACUUACUUCGUACUUGCAAGCCAUUGGUAGUUAUAAGAGUGGCAAGGCUCGAAAGCUCAUCGCACGUAUUUUAUGGCUCUUAAGUCUGGACGAUUCCAAUGGGACCAUCGCUGCCGGUUUCGAGGAUUAUAAAGGAGAAACUCCCGUCUGGUACUGGAUAACAUUCAUACCACAACUUCUAACGGGAAUGGCUCAUAAGGAGGCUCCUAAGGUCCAUGCGAUCCUUCUCAAGAUCGCAAAGGCGUAUCCUCAAUCCUUAUACUUCCAGUUAAGGACAAACCGUGAAGAUAUGCUCGCCAUCAAGAAGAACCAGGAAGCCAAGGAGAAAGCACGACAACGAGCACAGUCCGCGGCAUCUAAUAAUAAGCUAAGCAGUUCGCCGUCACUUAGCAAGGACAAUCUUCAAGCGAAACAAGACUCGUCUUCCAGGCCAGCGACCUCGAAUGGUGAUAGCAAUGCACAAGUUAAGACGGAUCUAUCCGAGACUAAUGGGGCUUCAAAUGUCUCACAAGCUGGUGGCGCCGCACCCAACGCGGAUCAGCAGUCGACUGGAAAGGAUGGCGCGUCUUCUAGCGCUACACAAAAGAGGCCACCUUGGGAACUUACAGAGGAGAUCAUGUCUGUACUAAAGACAGCCUUUCCCCUCCUUGCUCUCUCCAUGGAGACGAUGGUUGAUCAAAUUCAAAAAUAUUUCAAAUGUCCACCCGACGAAGAUGCGUACCGUCUGAUUAUCGCGCUUCUCAACGAUGGGCUAGCGUACGUAAGCCGAAUGCCCGCCUCAUACGCGAAGGAUGUAAAACUACCGUCAGCCACCGAGACCAACAUCACUCGCUUUGCUGAAACUAUUCUUCCUGCCCACAUCAAGAAGUCCUUCGAGGCUGAAUUUGUUCAAGUGAAGCCGACGAUGUACGAGUACAUCCAUAAACUCCGAAAGUGGCGUGAUAAAUUUGAAGAGAAGCUCGACCGCAGGAAUCCAACGGCUUACUUGGAGACAUACUCGCGACACCUAAGCGAGUUCCGUUACCAGAAAUUCGACGACGUCGAGGUUCCAGGCCAGUAUCUACAGCACAAAGAUAAGAACCAGGAUUUUAUUCGGAUCGAUAGGUUCCUUCCCAAUGUCGAGUUAGUGCGAGGUGUCGGCGGGUCUCAUCGACGCUUGAAGAUCCGAGGUCAUGACGGCAGCAUCCACUCAUUUGCCGUCCAACAUCCUGCCGCACGUCACUGCCGACGAGAAGAGAGGAUUCUGCAACUAUUCCGGCACCUAAAUCAGACACUUGCAAAGAAGAAGGAAAGCCGACGCCGCGAUCUGCAGUUCACAGUACCGUUGAUAGUUCCUCUUGCUCCGCAUAUACGAAUCGUGCAAGACGAUACGUCAUACAUUACGCUGCAGGGAAUUUACGAAGAUCAUUGUCGACGAAAUGGGAUGCUCAAAGACGAGCCGGUCAUGUUUACUAUGGAUAAGUUGAGGGGUCUAAUCGAGCCUAAGGGCGGUAAGCCCCCCGAGCAAACGGCGAUGGCUCGCCUUGAGGUGUUCACGGCUAUACAGGAGAAAUGGGUUCCUCGUACUGUCGUCCUUGAAUACUUCCAAAGCAUAUUCCCCGAGUUCUCCGAAUUCUGGUUAUUCCGACGCCGGUUCUCCUACCAGCUGGCAGCCCUCACAUUCAUGACCUACAUUCUCUACAGCACGAACAGAUAUCCCCACAAAAUCCAUAUCGCUCGGGGCUCGGGUAAGAUUUGGGGUUCUGAGGUCAUGUCGUUCAUGGCACCCGGAAAGCCCUUUUUCCACAACCCUGAGCCAGUGCCCUUCCGUCUCACACCCAAUCUACAGGCCCUGAUGGGACCUCUGGCGACGGAGGGCAUCUUCAGCUGCUCGAUUAUGGCAAUUGCGCGCUGCCUUACUGAGCCCGAGUUCGAGCUAGAGCACGCUCUAACAUUAUUUGUCAGAGAUGAGGUGAUCUUUUGGUUCACGAGCAGCCACCGGACUAUUCACCUUAAUGAGAACCAACUGCGUGAUACGGUACAGACCAACUGCGACAUGAUCGUCAAGCGUGCCGUGAGCCUGGCUCAGAGCCCGCUGGGUAACUUGCCGGCGAAUCAGACCGUUAUUGACCUCAUUGCUCGAGCUGUCAAUCCUAUGAAUCUCGCGCAGUGCGAUGCUCUGUGGAUGCCAUAUCUCUAAUUUCAUGCUUCAUUCUGCUGGAGGUGGCUGCUGGGCAUGGUGUCGAAAAGUCUCAUUGUUAACGUAAAGGGGGACAUUCGAUUAGACAUCUAGGCAACUAAGCUCAUAUGUUUUUCGUUCAUUCGUCGCUAGUAAUUGGAGGUGGGGGGGUUUAUACGGCGAGGCAACUUCGCAGCAAGGCGUUAAGGAGGUUAAAGUCAUUACAAAAGGUCUCACGGAAAUCAUUAGGUUGGUCGGUCGGCAUAGGUCAACGAUAGGCCUUCGGGGUAAAAUGCAUGUGCCCAACAUAAUACAGCUUCAUAGCCAGCUGUUUCAUCUAGUGCGUUUGUUUUAUUGCGUCUUCCGCGUUAUAUUCGCUCCGUGUAUCAUGAUAGUGCUAUUGAUGAUAAAAUUGCGAUAAUUAAAGAUAUCCGUAGUAUUAUAGAAUGCAUGUAACUCUCGGGUACUA